CCCCAGCUCUUGGGGUUUACGCUCCGAUCUCCCGCGGCGUCGUUUGAGCUCGCAUUCGGGUGCGGGGGUUGUAGGUUGGGGCUGCUAGGGUUCCGGCGGGCUUGAGUUGCAAUUGACUCGCGCAGCGUGACGGCGAUGGCUGUGUCGCGUGUGCUGCCGCCAGGAAUUUUGAUAUGCCUAGUUAGAACAGAGACGCUGCUGCAUCUGUAUCCUGCAGUGCUGGUUGUCUGGUUGGGUCCAGCUCGGUUGCAGCUUGUCAAUAGAUGAACAUUGCAAGGAUGGUAGAGCUCGAAAUUCUGCCUGCCACUUGUGGAUUACUUAUUGUCUAGACACUAGACACAAGACUAAGCUUAGCUACACCUAGGAUCGCGUUGAUACUGCCCUUGAGCAUGUAAGUAGGCUGGAUGUGAAGAGCGGGCUAGAGAAAUUUUGUUUGGAGUUCUAGGAUACGAAAUUAUCGUAUGUGCAAUUAGUUUAGGCUAGAGUUUACUGCGCAAAUAUGUAAUGCGCAGCUUAUAAAUCAGUUUGAGAUGUAUGCGUAUGAAUAAGUUUGAGGGAUAGAUGUCCUUUCUUUGAAAUUUCUGUUGCAGCCAUACAUACGGAGGAUACACGAGUUUGCUUAGCGAAAAAAAACAAAGAACUCCACUAAUUAUGGAUAGACGAUUCCUAGCACUUGAAAUCCUGAGACAACUCAUAUAUUUUGUUUGAUGUCUACCUCAUGUGUAAUGAGGAACUAUAAGUCCUUAUAAUUGUUUGUCUAAAAUAGGAAGAAACGGGUUCCAUUAAAUAUGAAAUACAGUUCAGUUUAUCCGGUUUUUUUGUAAAUUAAUGUUCUGUACUGAACAGUUAGCCUUCUGCUGAUACACUUGUGCUCUGAGUAUUUUGUAAUAUCUAUCGUUGUUCUUCUGCCAAUUGUUUCAAGUGAUUGACUAACUUUUAUGUCCCUUUGCUUUCGUCCUUUGUGCUGGAUGAUGCUGUCAACUUAAUCUUGUUGUGUGUUUCGACAGUGCUCGCUGGACUUGCGUGUAUGUUCUCCACGAGCAUUCUCUUGCAAAUCUUGGCAUGUGCUUUGUACAACAAUUGGUGGCCUAUGUUAGCAGCACUCAUGUAUAUCCUCGUUCCAAUGCCAUGCCUAUUCUUUGGUGAUGGAUCCACACGGUUCUUGACUACUGGAGAGGGUGGAGCGUGGAUCAAUGCUGCAAAGUUUCUGACCGGAGCGUCUGCCAUGGGCAGCCUCGCUAUCCCAGCGAUCCUGAGGCAUGCUGGCCUGAUCGAGACCGGGGCCAUGUUCAUCGAGUUCACGUCCUUCUUCAUUCUUGUGUGCACGGUGAUGUGCUUCCACAGGGCUACCCUGGACGAAGAUUGGUGAAAGGUGCAAGACAGCCAAGGAGUACCCAAGAAGAAGAGCAGUGCUGGUGUCGCUUCGCCUUCUCUCUUGACACCUGAAAAGAAUUCCCUUGGUGGGAGCUAACAUGGAACUGUGUACAAAGAAGCAUGUUUCAAGUGCAUGACUACUAUAUGGAGUAUAAAUGUAGUUAAGAUCCUGCAGUCAAGUGGCAAUGCCAUUAUUUUACUUCCACUUCUUCAUGUCAAGUUUUUCUGUGUGUUAUCCAUGGCGAACUGCCGUUGUAAAACAUGACCUGGUGCACUGAUUGACACCGUUUUUAUUAGGUUGGUUGUCACUUCUAUAUAUUUUCUGGAUUCAUAUUUGCA